GGGGUUAAAAAGUUUGUGAUCAAGGCGAAACAUAGGCCUGUUAUCUAGUAGUUGACUAUAAGUAACUUAAAGUAUGUUUAAAAACCGAACAGCGUGGUUUUCUAAUAGUGUCAGGACAGGAAUUCCUCAAUUCUGGUUGUGUGAGGGUGGGACCCUUGCUUGUCAGAAGACUGCUGAUUAUCUUUUCAGUGCUGAUGCCACCUGCCCAGACACACAAAGGAUAUUUGCGAGUGAGGCCUACAUCAAGGACAAGGUUACCGUGUUCCACAGUCUCUACCUGUCUGCGUGUGAGAAGUGCCACAGCGUAAAGUCUGUGUGCAUAGGUCACUACGUGCUUCCUCCUGCUCCUGUUCAAGAUGAGGUGAGAGCUGUAUUUGGAAGGUUCAUAUGGGAGCAUGAGGAUUUUAAAACAGCUGAGAGUCCUCAAGAUCAACUGGCUUUGCCCAAUCAGAAGGAGGAAGAUAACUUAAGUGAAUCAGGAAUUAAGUACACCUGUUCUGAUGUUGCCACUGGGACUAAUCUUCUAAGAGAUCCACGUCUGUGUUGUGCAGUACAAAAUUACCCUGUCAACAAUAUGAUAACAGGGUAUGUCAGCAUUGACGAACUGAAGGGAUACCCGGGUGAGCUGCAUGACUUUAUACCAGGCCACUUUGGCUCCUCUGUCACCAGGGUGCACAGCACCAGACCCGGGGGGGCCUCGGAGCACCAGUCUGCAGAGCCCAGAGGCUGCAGAGCCAUAGGGAGCCAACAGAGACACAACCAUAUACUGUAGAGCAGUGUACAUGAUUCUGGGGAGUUGUCUUAUCAUUCUUUAAUAAGCAUGAUGAGGUAUCAACACAGCACAAUGCAUGUAGGAAACUAGAUUCUGAUCAUUCUAGACUCAAAAUCAUCUAGACUCGGAUAUGUCUGUCUCCUCAGUGACGUUGAGUUUCCCCAGCAGAAUGAAGUCCAAGCCCUACAUCAAAAUGAUGAAACAAAAUUAAAGUUGUGAAAACAGAA